AUGACAAUAUUCAGUCCCCGAGCCAAGUUGGAAGCAUGGCGUUCGUCGUCUGGAAUGAGUGGUUUACUGUCCACCAACUACAGCAUCAUAACUUAUAGGUCCGGUGUUACUUCUAUGGGUAUUUGCUUUCGUGAUCCCAACGGGCAUUUUGUGGCUGGCUUGACUCAAUGGCAGCAGCCUGUUUGUUCCAUAGUGGAAGGCGAAGCAUUAGCACUAUUACAUGCUAUGAAAGAAGCUAUUCAUCAUGGAUUUGAGCGAGUUCAAUUUGAAAUUUCUCUGCAACUACUUCAUCUUGUAGCUUGCAUUCAUGGCAUACACCAAGCACAAAGUCUAUUCUUCACAUGGUAUCAGGCCUCUAAUGGAGUUGAUAGUAAUGCUGGUGUUCAUGGUGGCACUGCUCAGAGUCACAACAAAGGGUACCAAACAGAUACUCUCAAUCCCUAUUUCUUACAUCCUAAUGAAAAUCCUGGGCUUGUUUUGGUUACUCCUUCUCUUUCUGGCUCCAAUUAUCACUCAUGGUCACGUGCCAUGACUAUGGCAUUGAAAUCCAAGAAAAAACUUAGGUUUAUCAAUGCUACUCUUCCUCGUCCUGAUGACGAAUAUCAUGACUCAAUAGCUUGGGAUCGUUGCAAUACCAUGAUUAUGUCAUGGAUCACAAAUUCUGCUGAUGUUGAAAUUGCUCAAAGUGUCAUUUGGAUGGACACUGCUUCAGAGGUUUGGCUGGAUCUCAAAGAUCGUUUCUACCAAGGAGAUAUCUUUCGUAUCUCAGAUCUUCAAGAAGAAAUUUACACUCUCAAACAAGGUGAUAGUUCUAUCUCUGCUUAUUAUACCAAAAUGAAGAAACUUUGGCAAGAAUUAGAUAAUUUUAGGCCUAUUCCUGAAUCCAAUUGUGUCAAUAACUGUGUUGCUAUGGCAAAGAUGAAAGAAUACAAAGAAAAUGAUCAGGUAAUACGUUUUCUUAAAGGCCUAAAUGAUCAAUACUAUGCUGUUAGAUCUCAAAUUAUGCUCAUGGACCCUCUCCCUAAGAUUGCUAAGGUUUACUCUUUACUUGUGCAACAAGAGAGGCAGAUAGUUAUUCCUAUUGAUGAAUCUAAACUGUUAGCAAUCAAUGGUUACAAUUCUUAUGCUGGGAGGGGUCAAACUAGCAGAGGUAGGGGCUAUAGAGGUGGUGGUAGGUCUAAUGGAGGUCGUGGCAAAGGUAAAAUGUUAUGCAGUCACUGUGGCCAGACCAACCAUAUCAUAGAUAACUGCUGGAAGAAGUAUGGAUACCCACCUCAUAUGCAACACCUGCAGCAUAAUGGAAAUAAUGGAGCUGUCAAUAAUUGUGUUACUGGUAAUGGUGAUGAUGAUGAGUCCCAUACUGUUACUUGUGAAGAGGAAAAUGUUGACUCAGAAGCUGGGAAACUGUUGCUCACAUCAGCUCAACAAAAAGCAUUGCUUGCACUCCUCCAAGGCUUACAAUCAUUGCCCUCUCAUAGUAUUAACCAUGUAACCACAAACUCAGGAUCAUUGCACAAAGAGGAUGAUUGGUGUAGCUGAAUUGAAUCAUGGACUAUACAUUCUCAAAUCACCAGCUGUUAGUUUAGGGUCAAUACCAAAUAAAAAUUGUAUCAAUUCCAUUUCUAGUUUUAGCUUACAUCAGUCUAGUGUUAAUGCACAUAAGCCAGUUGAUUGUACUAUAUGGCAUAGAAGAUUUGGCCAUGCAUCUGAUGUAAAACUUCUUGAAAUCAAUAAAAUUUUUCCUUCUGUUCAAUUUGUUCCUUCUUCAAAUCCUUGUGAUACUUGUUUUUAUGCUAAACAAAAAAGAUUAUCUUUUAAUCUCAGCUCUCAUGUGUCUAAGCAUAAUUUUGAUCUCAUCCAUAUUGAUAUCUGGGGACCACUAGCUAUUCCUUCAAUGACAGGACAUAA